CCAAGCCCCAAGUAUCCGGAGAAGAGGAACAUCACUCUCUCUCUCUCUCGGGUCUUCUCUCUCACUCACAAUGGAAUAUGGUGAGGAAUUCAACACCUAUUUCAAUUUGGAGACCAAAAUGUUCUUCCAAAAUGAAGAGAUUGAUAGCUGGGCAAUCGAUGAGGCGAUUUCGGAGUACUGCGAUUUGAGUUCGCUGGACGGAGGAGGAUCGGUGGCAUCAAAGAACUUAGUCUCAGAGAGGAAUAGGAGGAAGAAGCUCAAUGAAAGGCUGUUUGCACUUAGAGCUGUGGUCCCUAACAUUAGCAAGAUGGACAAGGCAUCAACAAUUAAAGAUGCAAUUGAUUACAUCCAAGAAUUGCAUGAGCAAGAGAGGAUAAUCCAAGCUGAGAUUCUUCAACUCAAAUCUGAAAAAUUAAAGAAAAUCCCAUCUGGGUUUGUGUUUGAUCCACAAGAGCUGGAGCUUCCAGUAUUGAUGAACCCCAAAAGGAAGAAAAUUGGACAACAAUCCAAUGACUAUGGAGGGUCCGGAGAUUCCCCAAUUGAAGUUCUUGAGUAUAGAGUUGUGUACAUGGGAGAGAAGACACUGUUAGUGAGCUUGACAUGUAUCAAAAGAACAGACACCAUGGUUGAGAUAUGUAAAAUGUUUGAGUCUCUGAGGCUCAAAAUCAUUACUGCCAAUAUAACCACCAUCUCAGGCAAGCUUUUGAAGACAGUCUUCGUUGAGGCAGAUGAUGAGGAGAAAGAUGUUUUGAAGAUAAAAAUAGAGACAACAAUUGCAGCUCUAAGUGAUCCACAGAGUCCUAUGAGCAUGUAAUGAUGAACAAAGAUAUGCCAUUGUGUUCUCUCUCGGUGA